CCGCCUGAGGAAGCCACAGAAGAAACUUUGACCACUUCAGCUGUUAGCUUAGCAGCGGAGACACAUAUCUCCGCUAUUGUUUACUACUAGUAAAUUAUUUAUUCGACCAGCCCUUUUAAAGAUGUGGUUUAUUUAUUUACUCAGCUGGUUGUCGCUGGUGAUACAGAUAUGUUUCGUUACUCUCGCUAUUGCUGCAGGCCUGUAUUACCUGGCGGAGUUAAUAGAGGAGUACACAGUGGCCACCAGUCGCAUUAUAAAAUAUAUGAUUAUGUUCUCCACAGUGGUUCUGGUCGGGCUCUACGUGUUCGAGGGCUUCCCGACGCUCAUGAUGGGAGUGGGUCUCUUCACAAACCUGGUUUACUUUGGUCUUCUGCAGACGUUUCCAUACAUCAUGCUGACCUCGCCGAACUUUAUCCUGUCAUGUGCACUGGUUGUGUUAAACCACUAUAUGGCCUUCCAGUAUUUUGCGGAGGAGUACUAUCCUUUCUCUGAGGUUCUGGCGUACUUCACGAUAUGCCUGUGGGUGAUUCCUUUCUCGUUCUUCGUGUCUCUUUCUGCCGGGGAGAAUGUGCUUCCAUCCACUGUGCAGCAGGGAGAUGAUGUGGUGUCGAACUACUUCACUAAAGGCAAGCGGGGCAAGCGCUCGGGAAUCCUGCUCAUCUUCUCCUUCUUGAAGGAGGCCGUGUUGCCGAGCCGGCAGAAGAUGUACUGAUGAAGCGGUAGACGUUGGGAGGGUAUGAUCAGGCCACCGGCCCCUUUCAUUGGACAGCGUCUUUUUUUGUGGGAGGGAUUGGUUUGCAAUGAUGAUCAUGAGAUUGAAUCUGUAGGACCACAUCGGAACAAACGCGCACAAACUCUGAAUGAACUUAUUCCUGUUGAGAGUCGCCAGCUAAUUUUUUCUUAAAGCCAUGAAAGGACUUCAGAAGUCUUUAAUUUUUAAAGGCUUAAUCUUUCGACUCGUCUGUGUGUGGAUGAUUGUGGAAGGGCCGUCGCUAGAGGCUCCUGCUGAUUUUCUUCUAAUCGCAUCAAAAGCCAAUGUUUGUGUUCGCUCAUGAAUGAACUGAUGUGUCUGGAUUCUGUGUUCACAUUUUAAAGGAAUGUUUUACCCCGAAUCCAAUGUUCAUUCUUCCGUUCGCUCACCGUCGGUACAUAGUCACGCCUCACACUACAAGUAUGUGCUUGGAAGUCGGAGUCAUUUUUUAAUUACUUACCUAAGAAGGAUGGUCCUUUCUGCUCCAUUUUAUAUCAUCUGGUGGUUUGAGGAUUAAAGAAAAGCUAGUUUUUGGGUAAAAUAUUGCUUUAAAUAAACUGUAAUCAUGAGAGCCAUAGUGUUGGCCAUGCUUAAUUUGUGUGCUGUACAAAAAUCAAAUAAAAUUCAGUUGUAUGAGUUUUUAAAAGGUAACCGUUGUCAUGUACAAAUGAGGAUCUGAAAUUGCGUUAAGAUUUUUAGGAUUAAAGGCGAGCGUUGUUUUUUCAGUCGAAUAAAAAAUAAAUAUAUUGUUAAAAAUAAA